GUUUACAAAUGGCGGUCGAAGUUGGCGCUUCUGAUUAAUCUGCACAGUUCCUUAUCUCUAAUAGUUGGAAAAUGGAUAGAGGAAGGAAUUUGGGAGUUCUUGCAGAGGAGGAUUCUGAGGAAGAGGAAGUUGACGAUGGACAUAAAAAAGAGGGAAGUUCAGAUGAGUCUGAGAGUGAUGACGAUGAUGAGCCCGAUCCUUCAUCCCGACGCGAGCCCAAUAAGUUUGACAACCUGUGUGAUGGCGUCACCAACACCAUGGCCUACGUACAUGGAGCUAUGCAAGAGCUUCUGAAUAUGAAGGAUGAGAUGUUGAAACAUGCUCUGCCUCCAACACUGCUGAUAAAACUGGCAACCGUCACAGGCAAAGUCUUCAGAAGUGUGAGUGACCUAAAUAUGCCUGUUAAUGAACUGGUCAGACUAGUGCGAGUGUACUCAACACCCUGGGAAGAAAAGAGUGCGGCACUGAAGAAAUUACAUGAAGAUUAUGAAAAUAAACAAAGACAGCUGAAUAUUGCUGUAAAAAGGCUGCAGCUUGUUGAUGCACAUUCAAAGAGAAUAGCCCGAGAGAAGCGAAUUAUGAACUGGGAAAAGUUGUUUGCCAAAAUAAUGAGCAACAAGGGUCAUGGCAGAAGAUGGAAGUUCCUAAUUGAGACUAUUAAACAAAAAGCAAAACUGGGUCUUGAGCAUGUACAAGAGUACACGAGAGCUCUAGAGGAGAGUUCUGAUGAGGAGGAAGAUGAGGAAGAUGACAUGCCGAUGACAAUCAAACGACCGGGAGAGGACAGCGACAAAUUAUCU